AUGAAACAGGUGAAGAAGCCUUUUGAGAUUGCAGGUAGAAGCUUAAUCGACUUGGUCUUCUCUUGGUCUCUUAGGAAUGUUCUCGACAGAGAUCUUCACAAACACCAGGUGACCAAAAUUCCAGAGACAUUUUCGACAGUGGCGAGUUACAUGAAGUCAUUCAUUCCUUCACUUAUUGAGGAAACACAUGCUGAUUUACUCUCAAACCAUCAUAGGCCUCCCAAAGACUUGUUUUAUGAAGUUAAAGUUAGGAAGAUGAUUGCGGCCGAAAGUAAUGCAGGGAAAUAUGAGCCGGCGGUUGGAGAUAUCUUUGCCUUGACAAAUAUUAUACCAAAAUGCAUUGAUGAUUUGAACAGGCCUACAAAUUUCUAUCUUAUUGCAUAUGUUAUCGGAUCAAAAGAUGACAGCUCAGACAAGCUCCCAAUACUCUCAUCAAAGCCUAUCAGUGGAGAAGGAUACAAGCAAAUAAAGAGCAAGAGAGAAACACUGUUUGCUGUCUAUUUGAUGAACAUGAGCACAAAUGUUCAUGUAUGGAAAGCGUUGAACUCAGAAGAGACAAACACCAAUAUCAUUAAGAAUGUGCUGCAAGGGAAGAAUUCUUGCACAAUCUGUUUUUCCAAAGACAUGUGCUCCCCUGACCUUUCUACAAAAUGGCCCACAUUGUGCUCUGAUCUAAAUGAUUUCCAAAAGGCUGCAGUUUUAAACUGUAUCAGUUUGAGUAAGUGUCAUCACCAUAAUGCUGUAAAACUAAUAUGGGGUCCUCCUGGAACUGGAAAAACCAAGACAAUCGGAACGACACUCUUUGUCCUCUUUAAGUUGAAGUGCAGAACACUAACAUGUGCGCCAACCAAUAUUGCCGUGUUAGAAGUUACGGCACGACUCUUGAGGUUGGUUAAUCAGACUCUUGAAUAUGGAGAUAUAAUUCUAUUUGGGAAUGUGGAGCGGAUGAAGAUCGAUAAUUAUAAUUACCUUUUUGAGGUAUUCCUUGAUAGUCGUAUUAGUAUUCUGUCCAAAUGUCUUGCUCCUUUGUCUGGUUGGAAACAUUGGUUAGCAUCCAUGAUAUGUUUACUUAAGGAUCCAGAGAAACUCUAUUCCUUGUAUUUAAAGGAAAAGAAGGAACAGCACAAAAAGAAUGAUGAGGACGAUGAAGAAACUGAUAAUAGCAGCCCAGCGACAAUAAGAGUGAUCUUUUGA